AUGAGGCCAAAACUUGACUACUACAUCACUUCACGCAAUUGUCUAUUUACGUUUCUCUCUGCUGGCAUGGAUGGAGUCGUCUUAUCAGACAGCAGAUUGUUCGCUUCUCCCGCUGUUCACACAAAGCCAUCAUGUGAUGAUGAAGAUGAGAGUCGAAUGAGAAUGUCGUGUAUCGAAACUCUUAAACAUCUCUUUGAAAUGAGACAAAUAGAAAGCAAUAUGCUUCUUCGACCUAAAAUAAGUUCAGAUUCAAUUAAAAAUGAGAAGAUGUUCGUUCGAGAGUGCCGAAAACUGAGACCUCAGUCACAUCUCAUUUCAUACAAGAAAUUAAUGGAAAAAGUUUAA